GUCAUAGCAUUUCGCAGCUGUUGAAGGCAAUCGAUUCGAAAAUCGCCAUGACGCCCGAGGCCGAAAAUUUGAUGGUACUGCUCGCUAAUGAAUUUAUUAAGGAUGUUACAGAGGGUUCGUGUAAAGUGGCUUCUUUGCGCAAUACCGAAGAAGGAAGUGAUCAAACUGUUGAAGUUAGCGACUUAGCUUUAUAUCUGAAAAAGAAUUGGGGUAUGAAUGUCGAGGGGUACGCGAUCUCAACAACAAACUCUGAUUUAACAAAAGAAGCUGCUGUAUAAUUGUUAUUUA